ACGUGGACGUGAACUCUACCAAGCUGUGACUCUAGUGGGCUCUGCUUUCUGUCGUUCUCAUGGCUGAUAUUAGUUGGAUUUAAAUCAAGAGCCGGCUGCAGAUGACGAUAUGAGGGAAAAGAUGAAUCUCUCUUCCAGAAUCAGGAAAAAGUCUCAUUUCUGUGGCCACUCAUGAGGUCGGUACCUAGACAUGAGAAUUGUCUGAUCCAGUGAUCUGGACGCUGUGACCACGCCAUGUCCAAGUUUCAGAUAGACAAUAUAAUGGAAGAAGAGGAGGAGGAGGAGGAGGAGGAAGAAGAUGGAACAGGCGAAGAUGACGAUGAUGGGGAUCCCAAAAUCUGCCGUGCAUGUGGUGACAAAGCUACAGGAUAUCAUUUCAAUGCCAUGACAUGUGAGGGAUGCAAAGGCUUCUUCAGGCGAGCAAUGAAGAGGGACCUUCGGCUUAGCUGUCCCUUCCAAAAUUCCUGUGUCAUCAACAAAAAUAACCGGCGCCACUGCCAGGCCUGCCGGCUAAAGAAGUGCCUGGACAUCGGGAUGAAGAAGGAGUUAAUCAUGUCAGAUGAAGCAGUGGAGCAGCGCCGCGCACUAAUUAGGAAGAAACAGAAGCUGUCCGAAUCAUCACCCAUAAUGGUAUCACCCAGCCUAACGGAGGAGCAGCAUAAGCUUGUGGGGCAGCUGUUGGACGCCCAGGACAAGACCUUCGACUUCAAUUUCACCUACUUCAGGAACUUCCGGCCCAUCAAACGCAGCAUGGACCCCGGUGAUAUCCCGCAUACCUCUUCUACAGCAUAUCUAAUGCUACCUCACAUCUCUGACCUCGUCACCUACAUGAUUAAGGGCGUCAUAAACUUUGCCAAAGUCAUACCGUAUUUCAGGAAUCUCACGAUUGAAGAUCAGAUUGCUCUUCUGAAGGGCUCUGCGUUUGAGUUGUGCGUAAUCCGAUUUAACAUGCUCUUCAACGAUGAGAAGAGGACGUGGGAGUGUGGGAAUUUUACCUACGACAUUGAUGACAUUGCCAUGGCUGGAUUCCGUCAGCUCUUUCUGGAGCCUCUGAUCCGAUUUCACUGCAUGUUGAAGAAGCUUAGUCUGCACAAAGAGGAGUACGUUCUGAUGCAGGCCGUGUCGCUCUUCUCUGCUGAUCGUCUAGGAGUGAUUGAGCAUGAGACCAUCGAUAAGCUGCAGGAAUAUUGUGCGCUGACGCUCACUGCAUAUAUCGAGACCCAGCGCGCCCCGUCCAGAGAGAAUAGGUUUCUCUUCGCCAAGAUCAUGGAGUGUCUGACAGAGCUUCGCAGCAUGAACGAUGAACAUAGCAAACAGCUGCUUCACAUCUGGGAUGUACAACCGGACAGCACACCACUCAUGAAGGAGGUCUUCACGGAAAUCUCAUUGUGAUCCAUAACUACUGCGUGACAUCCUUUCAGCCAACCCAAAUAGCUCCUGGCUAUAGCCGUAGUUCACUAAUGAGAUAAACUGCUUUAUCAGGUGAUUUGAAAUGUUGGUGUCCAUUUACAAGAGAAUCUUGCUCAGGAAAGGACGUACCUACUCUAGCCAGUGAAGAUGGCACCCACUUUGAAUGUUUCUCGUCUUAUUUCUCCAGAGCUGGUGCCAUUGGUUUCUAACGACAAGGAGUGACAUGACUCCAAUACGGACAUGGUCAGACUCUUCUGAAAAACCUAUAUCAGGGAUUUUUAAUAUUUAUUCCUUGACUAGGUUUACAAAAUGUGAAUUUGUAGGAAUCAUGAUUUCUAAUGAAACCUAGCAAUGAACUGCACAAAAGGCCAAACAGGUCCCAAAAUCAGCAGGAAUUAAACUCUCAGGACAUCCCCGUAGCACCCAUUGUUACAGGUGUCGUAUCAAUAUGCAAUGCCAGCUUUUCCCCCCGGUUCAUGCCGCUCACAGCUUCAAUGGGUUCAUUUUCACCUCCCACUCAGGGCAACAAACCAAAGAAUACAAUGAAUUAUGUGAAUGCACCACAUUGCCAGGAAUUACUUGAUGGUCCUGUGAAUAUUAACCAUAUUGCUGCUGGUUGGGUCAAACGUGGUCCUCUUUGUCCCUGUGCAUCCCAACCUUUCAGGAUACUUUCACAUCACUGAUUGAUACAGCAUUUAAUUCCACAUUGAAAUGGAGUGGCCAUCUGCCUUUCUUUCCUUAAAUCUGUUUACAAUUAAACUUACUGGACACAUUAUAUUAAUUUCCACCUGUCGGAUAUUGUACCUGCAGACCGCUGGCUGAAAAUGUUGCACAAUAUUUGGAAACAUCUAAUCACUAUAAUUUAGUCAGUCAGAAUCUGUGAUUCUAACAUCUGAUCUGAUUGUCAGCGUCGCACUGCGCUGGGAACCGAAGGUAGUUCCGUGAGCUGCUAAUUGAGUGCCACGUGCCACCAUGGCCUCCACGUUGGAUAGAAAGCCAUUAAUUCUGCUUUAAUAAACAGAACACAGUCCUUUAUAGCGUUAUAUGAUUGUUUAGAGAAAUCUUCUGAUAGCAGGGACCCUUUAAUUAAAGAAAACAAAGUGCCAGAAUAUUCCACACAAGAAUUGUGAUUGAGAAAACGAAUGUAUAUAUUUACUGAGGAGCAGAAUAAGCUUUUAAUGGAGAAUAAUGUAUCAAUGGUGUGUUAAAUGCAAAAUGUGUCUGAUGUCACUUCCUCUGCCUGUACAGGCCCCGCGCUGCCAGAGCAGCUUUCCCCCCCACCACCAUAACCACCUUACAGGAUUAAUAGAAUCAAAUAAAAGCAGACACCUGGUGACAAACAUGUGUGAACGUUCCACCCUAUUAGAAGGCAGCACAGAGAGCAAACCACAAACAAAGCCACUGUGCUCAGCGGGAGCCAGUAUUGCGUCAUCUUGGAGCAUUGUGGCAUAUAUUAAUGUGUGCAGAGUGUGUGUA